AUGAUGAAUAGAACAACAUUUAGUAAAAAGACUUUCAAUGGGCAGCGACCCCCUGUCGAUCGGUUUGUGAAACCGAGGGAAUGCUUGCCGGAGCUCAGUAGGAAAGUCCGUUGGGGUGCCCGGGAUAAGAGCACGAAUGACGUUUGGUGUACAAAGCACCUACAAGAAAAGAAAUACGCCAAGUAUUUAGACUCGGCUUUCGGCCUGGAGCCAAUUAAGCCGGAGACCAGCUCAGAACUCGACGGCGAGCAGUACGGUCAGCUAUGGCCGUGCAUACCCAGGACCAAGAGCUACCUUUGUUCAGCCGAUAGCAUUCUGGAUCUGCCAUCUUACAGUGAUGCUGCUUGUAGUUCCAGAACUACUCGACUGGUCGAACGACAAUAUCCUGGUGGCGGCUUUAGGAAGGAGCUAUCACAAGUGGAGCUGGCGCACACAGAGUCAGAUCAGCCAAGGUUUCACGGACUACAACAUACGAUGCUGCAAGUUCGACCCCAAAGGAAAACUGCUAAUUACGCGAAGACAGUAGAAGUCCACGACACUGAGCUGAGCAAACGCGUGAACCAGAACAGAUGCCGAUGUUACAACUACACGCCUCCAUACUACUGUUCCAUCACCGCCAUGGACUGGAGCCCAACAGGCAACUCUUUUAUCACUGGCUGUUCCCGAGGUACCCUAGUGUCGUACACUCGUGAAGCUAACAGGAUCAGCUGGUGCAGCGCAAGCCGCGGUUCGAUUUUCAUCACUCGAGUGUCUCCUGACGCUCGUUACGUCACGGCGGCUGCUGUCAACGAUGACGACGUGCUUGUGUUCACCUGGCCCAGGCUCGAGCUGUUCUCUCGAUUGACGUCAGAUUGGACUAUUAAGGCCUUGUCAUGGCAUCCUUGGCGCAGUGCGCUUUUAGGCAUCGGAGCCGUGACAUCGGCGCUGAACGCGCGCGUCACCCUCUGGGACGCGCCGACAGGCAAAGUUCGCAAACACACGCUGGGCAGGAAUCAUUACAGCCUGGAUGCAAUGCUCUUCAGCGAGAGAACUGGCGAGCUGGUACUGAGCUUGUGGAAUGCAGACAUGGCUAUUCCACCAUACCCAAAAACAAACUCUCAACUGUUGGUCAUGAGUGACCCAGACACUGUGGUAGACCAGUGGGGCGAGGGAUGGACGAGGCUUGAUCGCAUUCGAACCAUGGUCUUUAGUCCAGAUGGAACCAAACUUGCAACGGCAACAACAGACGAAGACCUGAUAAUUUUGAACUUCCUCCCAGAAGACAAGCUGAAAAAGAAAAAGUGCUGUAAACGCUUCUCUGCAAUGCCCGUAUAUUUAGACAAAGUAACUGUUGGUGUCUCAAUAAGAUGA